AUGUCUCAAAUUUGUCCUCAAACAUUAUCCACAGCAACAUCAUCAACAUCGUCUCUUCCACCAUCAUCUUCGAAUAUUUUAAAUACGAGUAUAGCAAAUACAACAACAAGAAUAUUUAUUUACAUUGAUAGUAAUCGCGAUGAUGCUAAUGAACCAUUUUCAAUUAAAUUAAAUAAACCAUCGACGUCAAUAACACUCGAUGAUUUUCUAGUUGUUAUUCCACGAUCAUAUACAAAAAAUUAUAAAUAUUUUUUUAAAUCAGUUGAUCCUGUUCUUGGUGUUAUACGUGAAGAAAUAACUGAUCAUAAACAAAUUCUUCCAUCAGCUAAUGGGCGUAUUGCUGCAUGGCUUAUGCCAGCUGCUUUAUCACAAAAUACAAUUAAUGAUAUAACAGCUACAACAACAAAUACAAAUUAUACACGUCGAAGUCGUCAACAAGAUGAUUCAUUAUUUACUACUGAUACAAGUGCAUCGGAAAUAACGGAUACAGCUAGUCAAAUUGAUCAUGAUGAUGAUCGAUUCUCAUCUAUUACAGAAACAACAAAUACAUCAGAUAUGAGUAAUAAUUAUCAGCGAAGACGAAGACGUCGUAGACGACAUCAUCAUCGUCGACAAAGGGCUUCAUCGAUGAGUAGUAUGACUGAUUCAACUAUUUCAAUGGAUGUUGUUACUGUUGUUUUAAGUUUGGAACGUAUUAAAUAUCUCGGUAUGACUGUUGUUGGUGAAUCUGAUGGUGGCAUUAUUGUUGGAUCAAUUAUGAAAGGAGGUGCUGUUGAUGCUGAUGGUCGUAUUCAACCAGGCGAUAUGAUUUUACAAAUGAAUGAUAUUAGUUUUGAACAUAUAUCAAACAGUGAUGCUGUACGUCUAUUACGUGAAACUGUUAAAGAUGCUAAAUCAAUAAAAUUAGUUAUUGCUAAACGAUGGAAUGAUCAUUAUGGUAUAAUAAAUGAUGAUGAAAUGAAUGGUUAUUUUCCAUUUCCACAUCAAGCAGUAAUGAAUAAUAAUACACGACAAGAACCAAUUCUUCCAAUUGAUCCUCGUCAAUGGGUUGCACAAACAAAUGCUGUACUUAUGCGACGACGUUCUUCACUCUCGCCACCACCAGCAGUUAGUUCAACAUUAUCAUCAUCAUCUUCAAAUUCACCACAUAAUAAUAGUGGUAUAAAAAAAUAUCGAUAUGAUUUAAAUUUAACACGUAAUUCAGAUAUGGAAACAAUUUGUCAUGCUAUGCAACAAUCUCAAUCAGGUUUAGAUAUACGAGAUCGUUUAUGGUUAAAAAUAAUUUUAAAAAAUUCUUUUCUUGGUUCCGAUCUUGUACAUUGGUUAUAUAAACAUGUUGAUGGUUUUAUUGAUAAACAAGAUGCAAAAGAAUAUGCAUGUGCUUUACUUGAACGUGGUUAUAUUCGACAUCCAAUUGUUGGUUUAUUAACACGUGGUUUUAGUAAAUCAUGUUAUUAUGUAUUUGGACAUUUAAAUCAUGAUAUUAAUGAUGAUAGUCAAAUAAAUGAAAUGUCUCAAUUAACAAUAGGUGGAAGUACAAUACAUUAUGAUGCUAUAAAACAACCAACAUAUGGUUUUCUUGAUAAAAAUAAUGUACCUGUUUUAUAUGCAUCAACAUCAUCAUUAACAUCUUCGUAUAAAAAAAGAGUUAACAAUCAAUCACAUGGUGAAAGUAUUGGUAUCCGUAUGACACCUUCAUCAUUUCUUGCAAAUAACAAUGCAACAUUUUCAACAAUACGAAGUCAUAAUCGUCCGAAUAAUAAUUCGACUUGUACAACAGAUAAUUCAAUAAUAACUAUCUAG